AUGGUUUCGAUUCAUGAUCCUCCCACUGCACACCCAGCGGGCAACUCAGUCUACCGCGAGGAAGAUUUAGAUGGUGAAGAGGAAGCUGCAAAUAAUUACAAAGGUUACGAUAAUGAGGUUUCCAAUGAAAUUAGAAACUUAGCCAGAACAUUUUCUCACAUUAGUGGAGUCCGAGCAGACGGUGACGCUGCACUGAACGAUGAAGAAGACGGUGAAGUGAAGUCUGUGGCUAAUUUGGAGCUCAUGAGAACACUAACAGGUAUGUCGCAGAUAGCAGGAGAAAUUCCAAUGACUACCAAUGGAGCUGGAAUAAGUACCAAGCUCGACCCUGAUAGUCCAGAGUUUGACUCCAAGUACUGGGUUAUGAACAUGCGAAAGCUCAUAGAAUCUGAUGUGGAGUUUUACCAUCCUGCCAAACUCGGGCUUGCCUAUAAGGACUUGAGGGCCUAUGGGGAAGCCACAGAUUUGGACUACCAGUCCACUUUUGACAACCUUAUAGUCAAAUUUGCAUACAGACAAAUAAUGAAGUACUUGAGACAUUCUGACGAUUCAACUUUCGACAUUUUGAAGCCGAUGGAUGGACUAAUAAAAGCAGGGGAGUUGACUAUUGUAUUAGGAAGACCUGGUGCCGGUUGCUCUACAUUUUUAAAGGCGAUUGCCAAUCAAACGCACGGAUUCAAUUUAGAUGAAAAGUCUGUAAUUUCAUACGAUGGGAUCACACCUAAACAGAUUGAAAAUCAUUUCAGAGGUGAAGUGACUUAUUGUGCAGAAACUGAAAUUCACUUUCCUCACUUAUCGGUAAAGGACACUUUAGAAUUCGUGGCUCGAAUGAAGACACCAAGAAAUAGACCACCUGGGGUUUCCAGAGAAGACUAUGCUAAGCAUAUGGCGGCAGUGGUCAUGGCAACUUACGGGUUGUCACACACUAAGGACACCAAAGUUGGGAACGACUUUAUCAGAGGAGUUUCUGGAGGGGAAAGGAAAAGAGUAUCAAUUGCAGAAGUUGCUUUAUCUCGUUCUGCUGUUCAAUGCUGGGAUAACUCCACAAGAGGUUUGGAUGCAGCCACUGCACUAGAAUUUCUUAAGUCCUUGAAAGUCUCAGCGACCGUUAUGGAAGCAACACCGUUAAUCGCAAUUUAUCAGUGCUCCCAAGAUGCUUACGAUUUAUUCGAUAAUGUUAUACUUUUAUACGAAGGAUAUCAAAUUUUUUAUGGAAAGGCAAAAGAUGCUAAGAAAUACUUCCUUGAAAUGGGAUAUUCAUGCCCUCAACGUCAAACUACUGCAGAUUUCUUGACAUCUUUGACAAACCCUGCAGAAAGAAUCGUAAAAGAGGGCUUUGAACAUAAAGUGCCCAGAACUCCAUUAGAAUUUUAUGAAUACUGGAACAAUUCUCCUGAAAAGGCACUUCUAGUUGAAGAUAUUGACGAGUAUUUAUCUGCGGUUGAUAGUGAUAAGGCAGUCUCGCAGUUUAGUCAAGCUCAUAGAGCUAAGCAAUCUAAGAACUUGAAUAAAAGCUCUCCAAUGACUGUGUCAUUUUUCAUGCAAGUCAAAUAUGUGAUGUUUAGAAACUUCAGAAGAACUAGGGGAGAUCCAUCCAUUACUUUAUUUAACAUCAUCGGGCAUUUCUUGAUUGGAUUGAUUUUAUCCUCAAUUUUUUACAAUAUGCUGGCAAAUACUCAUUCCUUUUAUUCGAGAACUGCUGCUUUAUUCUUUGCUGUUUUAUUCAAUGCAUUUAGUUCUGUUUUAGAGAUCUUUUCGCUUUAUGAAGCUCGUCCGAUUGUCGAAAAGCAUAAGAAAUAUGCUUUAUAUCAUCCUUCUGCAGAUGCUCUAGCGUCAAUUAUUACAGAGAUGCCUACAAAAUUGUUCGUCUGUAUUACAUUCAAUAUAACUUUGUACUUCAUGGUGAACUUUAGAAGAGAUGCUGGCCACUUCUUUUUCUAUCUACUUGUCAACUUUACAUCGACAUUGGCCAUGUCCCAUUUAUUCAGAACAAUUGGUGCUUCAACUAAAACUUUAUCGCAAGCUAUGACACCUGCUUCUAUUUUGUUAUUAGCAUUAACGAUUUUCACCGGCUUUGUUAUUCCUACUCCACAUAUGCACGGGUGGUGCCGUUGGAUUAAUUAUAUUGAUCCAAUUGCCUAUGCCUUCGAAUCUCUUGUAGCCAAUGAAUUUAGUGGUCGUGAAUUCGCUUGUUCACAAUUCAUUCCUACAGGUGGUAAUUAUACAAAUAUUGAAGGUCAAGAUAACUACAUCUGUAGCAGUGUGGGUGCUCAGCUAGGUAGCCACUAUGUGAAUGGGGAUAAUUACAUAAACGAUUCAUACGAAUAUUAUGACAGCCAUAAGUGGAGAAAUUGGGGUAUUAUAGUUGCAUAUGUUCUAUUCUUCCUUGUAUCAUACGUUAUUAUAUGUGAGUUUAACAAGGGUGCCAUGCAAAAAGGUGAAAUUUUACUUUUCCAACAGAAGGAUUUGAAAAAAUUGAAAAAGCAGAAAAGAAGUCAAGACGUGGAGUCUUCAGCCACUUCGAGCGGAGCCAUAUUAGAAAAAGUAUCACCAGAAGAAGUGGGCAAGGAAAGUGGAACGAGCUCUGAUCUAGAUGGUAUUGAUAUUCCUAAGCAAUCUGACAUUUUCCAUUGGAGAAAUUUGAGGUAUGAAGUUAAAAUCAAGAAAGAAAAUCGAGUAAUUCUUAAUGGUAUCGAUGGAUGGGUUAAGCCUGGUCAAGUCACUGCGUUGAUGGGUGCUUCUGGUGCUGGUAAGACUACCUUGCUUAAUGCUUUAUCUGAGAGAUUGACGAGUGGAGAGAUCACUUCAGGUGUUCGUAUGGUCAACGGACACUCGACAGAUUCAUCUUUCCAAAGGUCAAUUGGGUACGUUCAGCAACAAGAUUUACAUUUAACGACAUCCACCGUUCGUGAAGCUCUUACGUUUUCUGCGUAUUUGCGUCAACCUAAAUCAGUAUCUAAGAAGGAAAAAGAUGCCUACGUUGACCAGAUUAUAGUGUUACUUGAAAUGGAAAAAUAUGCCAAUGCUGUAGUUGGUGUAACAGGAGAAGGAUUAAACGUCGAGCAACGUAAAAGAUUGACAAUCGGAGUUGAACUAGUCGCUAAGCCGAAGCUUUUAGUAUUUUUAGAUGAACCUACUUCUGGUCUAGAUUCACAAACUGCUUGGUCUAUCUGUAAAUUAAUCAGAAAGCUAGCAGAUCACGGACAAUCAAUUUUAUGUACAAUUCAUCAACCCUCGGCUAUAUUACUUCAAGAGUUCGAUAGAUUAUUGUUUCUUCAGAAAGGGGGACAAACUGUGUACUUCGGAGAUUUAGGAAAAAACUGCCAAACUUUAAUUGAUUAUUUUGAAAAGUACGGGGGUCAUCCAUGUCCACCAGAGGCCAAUCCUGCUGAGUGGAUGCUCGAAGUCAUUGGUGCCGCACCUGGGUCUAAAGCAACACAAGAUUAUUUUGAAGUUUGGAGAAAUUCAUCAGAAUUUGCCGAGGUCAAUAGGGAACUUGACGAAAUGGAGAAGGAGCUUGUCAAACUACCAGUCGAGAAAGAUCCAGAAAACUUGAAAGAAUUUGCUGCCCCAUUUUGGUUACAAUAUUUGAUAGUCACCAAAAGAGUAUUUGAACAGUACUGGAGAACUCCUUCAUAUACAUAUUCUAAAGUAUCACUAUGCGUUCUCUCAGCCAUUUUCAAUGGUUUUUCAUUCUUCAAAGCUGAUAAGUCUAUCCAAGGGUUACAAAAUCAAAUGUUUUCAGUAUUUAUGUUCCUUGUUGUCUUCAUUACUUUAGUUCAACAGUAUUUACCACAUUUUGUUAGCCAAAGAGACUUAUAUGAAGUUAGAGAGAGACCUUCGAAAACAUUUAGCUGGCAAGCUUUCAUUGCAGCACAAAUUACUGUUGAAAUUCCUUGGCAAAUUGGAGUAGGUACUGUUGCAUUUUUUUGUUGGUACUAUCCUAUUGGAUUGUAUGAAAAUGCAGUACCCACGAACACGGUUCACGAAAGAGGAGCUUUGAUGUGGAUUACAAUUGUAUUAUUCUACGUAUACACCUCAACCAUGGGUCAACUAUGUAUUUCAUUUAUUGAGUUAGCAGAUAAUGCGGCAGAUUUAAGUACCAUUUUAUUCACCAUAUUGUUAGGGUUCUGUGGAGUCUUAUCAGCAGAGAAGCCAUUGCCAGGAUUUUGGAUAUUUAUGUAUAGGUGCAAUCCUUUCACCUACUGUGUAUCUGCGAUGCUUUCCAUUGGUCUUGCUAAUUCGGACGUGGUUUGUGCAACAAAUGAAUUAGCGCAGUUUGCUCCUGUAGAUGGAUACACUUGUGGAGAAUACAUGGCGGCAUAUAUGUCAGUGGCAGGUGGAUAUUUGGUGGAUGAAAAUUCUACUACAGUAUGCCAGUUUUGUAGUAUGGCCACUACGAAUGUGUUCUUGGAAGAAGUCAAAGCUAUAUAUAAAAAUAGAGGUAGAGAUAUUGGGAUAUUUUCUGCUUUCAUUUUCAUCGAUAUGAUCGGUACGGUAUUCUUUUAUUGGUUAACGAGAGUUCCAAAGGGUAGUAAACAUAAGAUGAAGUAA